CAUUGUGUUGAAUACAGUGCACACCUAUUGGCGUAACAUUGCUUACAGUUACUCAUAAAUCGUAUUCAAUACACCGCUAUUACAAUGUGCCAUACAGUACUGCAUUACAGUUAAUACUAACCACACGACAUUCAAAUAGACAUACAGUUUGCUAAAACAGUACUACACUGUAGGCCAGCAGUGAAUAGUCUAACUGUAAGAGUAGUGUUGAGUGUCGAGUGAAACACACAAUAAGUGUAGCGAAUACACCACACACACGACAACGAUGUCCAACAAAUACAUCCAAAACAAUGCGUCCACCCUUUGGAUGGGAGAUAUCGAAGAGGGUAUGGACGAGAGGUUCAUAAAGACCUCGUUUAACCUCAUGAGUCAAGAC